AUGCUGGCACCAGUAGCUCGCUUCUUGCCGAGGCAUGCCGCUAGAGUGAAUUUCUCCCGUGCUGUUUCCAGCUUGUCGUCCAAUCCGCGCAUCAAAGUGUUACCCGCGGACGCAUCGCGAGCCUCCUUUCUCCUGUCCUACCUCGAAGAUGAGCCGCCCAACAAGAGAAUAGCCAUUGGCUUCUCAACGACUGACCCACCGACGCCACGAUCGUUUAUUGAGAACCAAACCUUUACCAAGAUCCUGUACGAAGUUCUCGCCGAGCAUGCACAUAAGGACAAGGACCUCUUAUCACAGGCUCAAGCCUUUGCUGGGCCUGGCGGAGCCAAUCUUGGUUCCGGAGGCGUAUUCUUCGCUCAGAAGAACAAGAGUCGUUCGCCGAGCAAGGUCGGAAGCAGCGGUGCUGGUGGUGCCAGUGCUCAAGGCGGCGCCGGUGGAGGCGGUCAUGGUGGUUACGUUCAUCUCAGUGAUUCCAGAAAUCCUCCAGACUUUGGCCGCAUAGCAUGGCCUGAAGAUAUUCUGGGCAGUGUUGAGGUUGAUCAGAGCGGCAACAUCAUUGGACAGCUCGAGCCAAGCGGAACGUAUCGGAUCAUCACGAACGAGGGAAUUCUCGGUUUGAGUCCCUAUCUUUCUGGGAAGCUCGUUGAGAGGCUUCGUGCGGAAGACGAAAAAGACCAUUCGUAA